GCCCGGGGGGGAAUAGAGAACACUGACCGCCUGUUUGUGGGAAGGAGGCAUAGUGGUGGAUGCGCUCCCAGAGGCUGGGAGUGAUGCGGAACAUGGCGGGGGAGGGCAAGGAGGGAGGGCGAGUGCGGGGGAGGGCAAGGAGGGAGGGCGAGUGCGGGGAAGGACAUGCGGAAUGCGGAGAAGUUAACACUACGCCGAGUCACAUGCGCAUAUAGUCGUCCGACGCUGUCUCCCCCGACUUUCGCGUCCCCGCCCUCCACGUGCAGUCGGCUGGCGGCUAUCCUCUCCCCGGUCGACGUCGUCCUCGACCACAACGUCGACCACACCUUUCGUCUCAGCUUUCUUUCUCUCUGCCUGUGGGCAUCUUCACAUGCCUGUUGCACGCAACCCGAGGCUCGUCUCGACCAUCCCCAGAUCCCAACAAGCACUCCGGUUCGCGUGUCUGCCGGUAUUCCGUUCGUCCGAGGAAGCUUAUUUCCCAGCGCCAACUGCACGGUUUCAAGCUCGCGAGACAAUCGAUGUGGCCGCAAUGCAAGCCAGGACCAAUGCCGCCUCCUCUCCUCCCGCACGCCCAUUUCGGGCUCAACAACGGAUAGCGCAAGGCGAGUCUAUGGAUGUCGAUUGGUCGGUAGCAUGCAGGGUCGAUCGCUGCUGAAGGUCAGGAUGGCGGAACUACACCUCACUUCACCUGUGCGCCGCCUUCGGUGUCGCCUAGCCUCUGCAAACUUACACACGCUCGGCUAUCAUAGCGGUCGUUUCACAUACGUAUUCAUAUCCGCGACCACGAGCCUUUCGCCGUGCUGAAAUGUUAUGCAAUCGUGUUGCAAGUGCAGUUUUGCAAUGAAUUCCAGCUCUCCGUUCAUUCGGAUGUCAUUGACUCUGCCACCUCUCGCAUCAGACAUCUCAGGCCGUAUCCGCCUGUCAAUUACGGUGGCACGGGAGCAUGCAGGCAAUGCGCACUGUGUAUACAUCCAGAUUGCGGCUGACCCGUCGAUAGCUCUAUGUGUAAAUGAGCUGUC